GGUUACGAGGACAUGAAGGAGUUCGUGCAGUCCAUCGCACGCCCGAGGAAGAUCAUCCUGCUGGUCAAGGCGGGAAAGCCCGUGGACGCCACGUUGGAGUUGCUGAAGGCGCUCUUGGAUGAGGGCGAUCUCGUCAUUGAUGGCGGGAAUGAGUUUUAUACCAAUACGGAGAGAAGGGCCAAGGAGAUGGAGGAGGUCGGCAUUCUGUACAUGGGCAUGGGCGUGUCCGGAGGGGAGGACGGCGCCCGCUAUGGGCCCAGCCUCAUGCCGGGCGGCCCGAGGCCGGCCUGGGACAUGGUCAAGCAUAUGAUGACCGAUAUUAGCGCCCAGGUUGACGGCAACCCGUGCGUCACGUAUAUCGGUCCGGGCGGGUCGGGCAACUAUGUCAAGAUGGUCCACAACGGUAUCGAGUAUGGCGACAUGCAGCUCAUCGGCGAGGCGUACGACCUGUUGCGCAACGUCGCGGGCCUGUCCGUCUCGGAAAUAGCUGAUGUCUUUGACGAGUGGAACGCCGCCGAGCUGCAGAGCUUCCUGAUCGAGAUCACGGCCCAGAUCCUGCGUCAGAAGGACACCCUCACCGGCGACGGCCAGUACUUGGUCGACCGCAUCCUCGAUCAGACGGGGUCCAAGGGGACCGGCAUGUGGACGAUCCAGGAGGCCGCCGCCAAGGCGGUGCCGGUCCCAACCAUCGCCGCGGCCCUGGAGGCCCGCUACCUGUCUGCGCUCAAGGAGGAUCGCCGCCUCGCCGCACCCGUGCUCUCGGGCCCGUCGCCGCGCACAGCCGCGGACAAGGCCACGCAGCUGGAGAUUGUGGAUGACAUCCGCAAGGCGCUGUACGCGUCAAAAAUCUGCUCGUACGCGCAGGGCAUGAACCUCAUCCGCGCCGCAGGGCAGGAGGGCGACUGGGGCCUAGACCUGGGCGCCAUCUCGGCCAUUUGGAAGGGCGGCUGCAUCAUCCGCGCAAAGUUCCUGGACCGCAUUAAGGCCGCCUACGACCGCGAGGCGGACUUGCCCAACUUGUUGUUGGAUAAGGAGUUUGCCGCGGAGGUCAACGCGGCGCAGGAUAGCUGGCGAAGAGUGGCCACGCUGGCACUGCAGAAUGGCAUCGCCGUGCCGGCCCUAGGGGGGUCGCUCAGCUACUACGAUAGCUUCCGGAGAGAGGUUUUGCCAAGCGCGCAGAUGGUGCAGGCGCAGCGGGACUUCUUUGGCUCGCACUUGUAUAAGCGCUUGGACCAACAUGGUGUGUACCACACGCGGUGGAGCUCAGAUGGCGUAACGGAGAAGCAGGAUUGA